GCAUCCAUAAAAGCAUUCUGAUAUAAACAAAUAAAUAUAUAAGCUCCCCAUUCAAAAUAUAUUUUAUUUUUAUUUAUUUCAUGGGGAGAUUAGGUUAUUUGAUCGAGUAUUUAUCGACAACAGCGUUUAUGUAUUUAUAGAGUGAACACAGCUCUGUAGGGGAAACUGAAGGUUUGACUCCACCGGGGCUCCGUAGCCGCUCUAGACGGGAUUUUUCUAACUUUCCAGUAAAGUCCAGUAAAGAUUUGGAGCCUCCAGUGAACAGAGGGUGGUUCCGUCCAGAGGUAGACGCUGUACCUGGUGUCCAGGUCAGAUCCGGUCCGCUGGAACUACCUGUUCCACCUGGAAACUUUGGAGCCGCAGGCAGCCCGGCAGCGCUGCAUGCUGGGAGGAACUCAGCAGCUGACUGACUCCACCUUCACCUCCAGCCGUCACACACCGCCCGGCUGGCCGCUCCGACCGCCGCUGGACCCCUCCGUCUUCACACCGAGCCAUGGACCUGCGGGACCGGCGACUCACGGUGUAGCCGCGGCGCGUCCCGUGGGACCGUAGCGUGAUGGAGCCAGACGUGAUCCGGAUGUACUCUUCGUCGCCGCCACCGAUGGAGGAUGGCGCCGAGGAAGAGGACGAUGAGUUUGGGGACUUUGGGACAUUCUCCGGCGUCCCCACCAGCGUCAGCUUCUCCGAGUUGGACACGCCGAUGUCCUUCGACCAGAACCAGGCGCUGACCGCCACCUCGCCACCCGACCUUCACAACGGCAGCGGGGGGCCGGGCUUUGGCCACGCCCCCUUUGGCGAGCCGUCCAAGGCCAACGGCCACCUGGAGGUCUGUCCCCCAGAGCGGACGGACGCCAGGAAGACGGCGUCCUCCUCGCAGGAUGUCUCUGUUGAUUGCAACGGUGAAGAUGCAGAGGUCCUGACCAACGGGUUUGUGACCUUUGACCUUCAGGGAAGCCCCUCCUCACAAGACUCUGUCCCUUCUCAUGCCAGAGGACCAUCCACAGAGGACGAGGACGGUGUCCAAAAGGACGAGUUUGCAGACUUUGGUGCUUUUUCUGACUCUGAAGAGACGCAGAGGGACAGGGACGGUCCACCGGGGACAUCCGUCCAACCCAGGGACCUGGACAGUCCAGUGGAGACAUCCGUCUGUCCCCAGGAUGGUGAGUGGGGAGCAGAGGACGCAGUGAGGGACGUCCACCGGGCCGAGGCCCCUGCCGGCUCCUGUAACACAGACCGGGGCCCUGACUGUCCCCUGGGGGACGCAUGUCUCUCUGUUUGCACUACGGGGCAUCUGUCCCCAAACGGAACGGAGGACGAGGACGAGUCCCGGGAGGCAGGGGACGAGCGUAGCUCGGAGACGUCCCUGGGCCGGCUGCUGUCCACGGACGGCCUCGAGGACCUGGGGGACAUCAGCACCACGGGGUCGUCCCCGCCGCCGCCGGGGGACGACGCCACGCCCGCCGUGGACGACUUUGGAGACUUUGGGGACGCCGCGUCCUUCGGUGCUCAGGGCUUUGCUGACUUUGAGCAGAACCGACCGGACGGUCCAGAACCUCCAGAACCUGCCGGGUCCGAGUCGGAGGACGACUUUGGAGACUUCAACUCCCCUAAGGUCCUCGGCGGACAGCGGGACGGAGACAGGGGGACGUUUGCGGACUUUCCCAGCAGUGAGAGUUUUGGGAACUUCAGCUCAGCCAAAGAUGGCGAGGACGAUUCGGACUGGAGGGCCUUCAGUGAGCAGAACCAGAACCAGAACCAGGAGGACGGAGAGUCCUGGGCGGCGUUCAGCUCAGAGCCGAGCGGCGAGGAGGACCGCGACGAAGACAGAGAGGAUGCUGGGAGGACGGAGCCGCCAUCGGGGGCGCUGUCCGGCCGUCUGGAGACGCUGUUCCUCAGCAGCUUCCCUGUUGGCUCCAGCAGCCAGCAGCAGGUGGGGGAGGGGCAGCGGGUGGAGACCCUGAAGGUCCUGCUGGAGCCGCGAGGCGAGGAAGAGGAGGAAGAGGAGAGCAGCAGGCGCGGCGGCGGCGUCUGGACGCAGCUUCAGGACGUCCAUGAGGCUCUGGGCCUGCGGUACCAGUGGGGGGGUUCCCAUGGCAACAAGGUGCUGCUCUGCUGCCUCGGCAUCGACACCAGGAACAUCCUGUUCACGGGUCAGAAGAAGCAGCCGGUCAUCGUGCCGAUGUACGCGGCCGGCCUGGGGAUGCUGGAGCCGACCAAGGAGCCGGUGAAGCCCGUCUCUGCUGCCGAGAUGAUCGCCUCCAUCGCCCAGMCGCCGCCCGCCGUUGCAGAGAAGAACUCCGUCCAGCCCGACUCGGUGCAGCAGGAGCCUCUCCCCCCGGUCCAGUUCGACUGGAGCAGCAGUGGCCUCACCAACCCUCUGGACGCCAGCGGAGGCUCGGCUCUGUUGAACCUGGAUUUCUUUGGUCCGGUGGAGGAUUCAGGCUCCAGCAGCUCAGCCUCCAUCCCAGGUGUGGACCCGGAGCUGUUCGAGCUCACCACCGCCAAGCUGGACCCGAGUGGCGCCGGCAGCCGCGUGGCCGACGCCUUCGCCCGCCUCAUGUCCACCAUGGAGAAGACCAGCACGUCCACCAGGAAGCCCAGGAGGGAGGAGAACCUGAGCGACGAGGCGUCCAAGGUGAUCGCGGCGCUGCCGGACCUGUCCUUCAUGCAGGCCAAGGUUCUGAUGUUCCCCGCCACGCUGACGCCGCUCUGCUCGCAGGCCACGCCCGACUGAAGCCCCGCCCACCUCGCAUCACUUCCUCAUCUGCGUGUUUGUUUGUUUCAUCUUUCAGUUCGUCUUGGUGGGGGUGUACAUAAUCAGGGA